AAAACAACAUUUAAUGAUUUUGGUUUUUAAUAUAGUUUAUUUGAGAAUUUCUUCGUAAAAAGCAUGUAAAACCGUUUGAUCAUCACUGAGGGGAGAUAUUUUUAUUUGAUAGUUUAAAUUUUUUUUAAUAUAGAGACACAUCAGCAGAGAAUCAUGGAGUCCAAUAGUUUAAUGGCGCUGAUGAAUCAUUUCUGUGAAAAGUUAGACGGUAUCAGAUUCAUGUUGGACCUGAAGACCAACAAGAAAAUGUGUGAAGACGAUGAAGAUGAAAUAACAUGUCAAGAACAUAUUGAAGAUCUUGCAGAGGAGAUUGAUGGCCUCUCAGGAACUUUAAAAGAUAUUAAGUCUACUUUAAAGUACAGACAAACUAAAGUCAAUGAAUUGAAGGCAUUAACUGAGAGCAUUGAUGUCAGCUGUUUGCAACACAUGGUGGAUAACCUUCCUACACACCUACCAAAACCAGUCAAACCAGAUCCACCACAACAAAACAAGUGUUGUGAAGAUGAAAUUACUGCAGCACCAGUUAGGAGAACUUCCUCCUCAGAGGACAAAGAAAACAACCCAAAGAAACGAGGGCCCUCCAGGGGAAGAAGACCUGCCAAAAAUGUGUAUAUCCCCACCCUGGUGUACAUCACGGUGGAAGAAUUUGAAGGGGUCCCAAAAUACAUGAAAGGAAGAAUGAACUACAGUCAAGUGAACACAGCCAUUGAUGAACUGAACAAGGCGUUCAGUGAGAAGUACAAAGUUCUAGGAAUGAAGAGAACCACUCUGAACGAUCUGAACAAGAAACGAUAUGAACGAUACAAAGAACAGGAGUCCAAGGAUACCAAAGGGGAGCACUUUAUAGUGGAUGGGGACAUCAAGGAAUUCACUAACUUCAAAAUGGACAGUGUUGGGCGGUCUGUGUUAACAAUUCUACGACAUGUUGGUAGAAUUAAGGAAAUAAGAGGUGGAAAACUGACUCGAUAUGCUUGUAUAGAAGUCUACUAAGCUGUUAGUCUAACUGAAUAGUUACAGUCCAUCCAUUCCGUUCUGUUUCAUUCUGUCUAUCCAUCAAACCAAGGGCAGACUACUUCUAUGUGACUACUGGGUAGUAAUUUUAAUGCAUACUGGGUAUGUUUUUAAAUUACCAAUACAUUGUGUUACAUGUACAUGAUAUAACUAAUCAUUGUACUCCUGCAAUAAAUAUCUGCAGUAUGCACUCGUAAAAACUCUUGCAGGUUAUUGUUUUGAGUCAGUGGUUCAAUAUAUGAAAAAACAUAUAAAAUAUACAGAAUGACAACUUGCUCCUAGAUAUUUGUUGAUGUACUGUAGACUAUUUCUUCCUCAGCCAUUUGCUUUUUUUAAAAAGAUGUGUAAACCAGUACAUGCAGUACUUGGUUUACAGUCCAUCCGUUUCAAACACAGAAUUUUAAUACAUGUAUGACACAUGUAUAGAUAAAGGGAAUAAAAGAUCAAAGAAUUUUC